CGAUAAGCAACAGCAGAUCCGCGGACUGCGGACCCUUGGAUUGCCCAAUCGGGGAACUCCCCUCCCGUGACUCUUAAUUGCCGCUGUUUUUACCGUCACAAAACAUCGAGCCUUGUCUUGCCGGCUGUUCCUUUACCGACUCACCUUUUAUUAUUUCUGACUUUCCGCCGCCGCCUCCUCUCCUUAUCUUUCCUCCUCCUCCUCUCACAUUCGGUCGCCAUUCACAUUUUAGGAUACCGGAGGAUCUGCAAUCAUGAGUUCCAUCUCGGCCCUUCUCCCCUUCGCUGUCGCGUUGGCUGCGAUCUUUGUUGGUUUCAAGCUGUUCAGCAACAAGCAGCGCAAGGUUCUCAACCCCAAUGAGUUCCAGCACUUCACCCUGAAGGAGAAGACUGAUAUCUCCCACAAUGUGACCAUCUACCGCUUCGCCCUACCCCGUCCCACCGAUAUCCUGGGUCUGCCCAUCGGUCAGCACAUCUCUCUCGCUGCUAAUAUCGAGGGCCAGCCUAAGGAGGUUGUCCGCUCUUACACCCCCAUCUCCUCCGACAACGAGGCUGGCUACUUCGAUCUCCUGGUCAAGGCUUACCCUCAGGGUAACAUCUCCAAGUACUUGACCACCCUGCAGGUCGGUCAGACCAUGAAGGUCCGCGGUCCCAAGGGUGCCAUGGUCUACACUCCCAACAUGUGCCGUCACAUUGGUAUGAUCGCCGGUGGCACUGGUAUCACUCCCAUGUACCAGAUCAUCAAGGCUAUUAUCCGCAACCGUCCCCGCAACGGUGGCAACGACAACACCCAGAUCGACCUCAUCUUCGCCAACGUCAACCCCGAUGACAUCCUCAUGAAGGACGAGCUCGAGCAGCUCGCCAAGGAGGAUGACCGCUUCCGCAUCUACUACGUCCUCAACAACCCUCCUGAGGGAUGGACUGGCGGCGUUGGCUUCGUGACUCCCGACAUGAUCAAGGAGCGCCUCCCCGCCCCCGCCAGCGACAUCAAGAUUCUCCUGUGCGGUCCUCCCCCCAUGGUCAGCGCCAUGAAAAAGGCUACCGAGUCUCUUGGUUACACGAAGGCCCGCCCCGUCAGCAAGCUCGAAGACCAGGUCUUCUGCUUCUAAGCAAUUGGCUGUCUGGAUUACAGCUUCCUGCAUUCAUCUCACGUGUCGGUUGUACCGAUGCCCGGUACUUCCGUGCGAUAUAGAUAUGAUAGAACGUCGCGUCAUGAAAGGCUGUAUUGUCAAUUAUCCUGGGAUUGCA